AUGCUCUCACUCACUCUUACUGCCGAGCUGGAAGGCGUCACUGCCCUCCGUCCGACUGAUACUGAAGAGAACCCUUACUACUUUACCUUCAAGGUGCAAUGCACUUCUUGCCGUGAGACCCACCCCAACUGGGUGAGCUUCAAUCGCUUUGAGCAGCACGAAAUCCCCGGCAGCCGGGGCGAGGCAAACUUCGUCUGGAAGUGCAAGCUUUGCACUAAAACCCACUCUGCCUCCAUCACCACCGGCCCGAACGCCUACGAGCAGCAAGAAAAGAAGACCGCGCAGAAGAUUAUUGACCUGGACUGCCGUGGUCUGGAGUUCACCGAGUUCAAGCCUGAUGGCGAAUGGGAGGCCACGGGCGUAGAAUCCUCCACCAAAUUUGAGGGAAUCGAGCUUUCUGAGGGUGAAUGGUACGACUAUGAUGAGAAGGCCGGUGAGGAGGUCAGCAUUAAGGAGUUGAAGUGGUCGGUUGGCCGUGCUUAA